GGGGUCCGGAGCAGCCGCAGCCGGUGGAGACAUGGAGAUGCAAUCCUACCCGGCCAAGCUCUUGGGGGAGCUGAAUGAACAGCGCAAGAGGGACUUUUUCUGUGACUGCAGCAUUGUGGUGGAGGGGCGGGUCUUCAAGGCCCACAAGAACGUUUUAUUUGCCAACAGCGGCUACUUCCGAGCCCUGCUGAUCCACUACAUCCAAGACAGCGGGCGGCCCAGCACCGCCUCCUUGGACAUUGUCACCUCCGACGCCUUCUCCACCAUCCUAGACUUCCUUUACUCCGGAAAGUUGGAUUUGUGUGGCGAGAACGUGAUUGAAGUUAUGUCUGCUGCCAGCUACCUGCAGAUGAACGAUGUCGUGAACACCUGCAAGACAUACAUCAGGUCAUCCCUGGACAUCUGCCGCAAGAUGGAGAAGGAGGCCGCUGUGGCUGCCGCAGUGGCUGCAGCGGCAGCCGCCGCGCACCAGGCCCACAGCGGGAGCCCCAGUUCAGACGGGGAAGUGACCUCCUGUGCCACCAAGAGCGUGGUCUCCUCUUCUGCCGGGGGAGACCGGAGUGUGGACUGUGGAGGCUGCCACUCUUUAGGACGAGUGGUGAAAGACAACCAGGGCGGUGGCCCCACUGACAGUGACCUCCUGACUCGACCUAAACGGACGGAGCCCAAGGUGGAAUUUGAUGCCGAUGAAGUGGCGGUGGAGGCGGGUGAACCGCUGCCACAGGGUGCUGCGCCCCUGAGCCUGGCUCACCCGGAGCAGGGCCUGCCCAGCGCACAGGCCAUCGACUUAGCCUACAGUAGCUACCACGUGAAGCAGUUCCUUGAGGCACUCCUGCGCAGCGGCGCUGCCCCGAGCAGCGACGAGGCAGACCACCACUUUUCUCAGAGUUUGGAAGCUAGGCCAGAUGGAGCAGCCGUAGCCACGAGUUCCGUGAUGGAUGUCCACACUGACUGGUAUGGAGAGGACACAGGUGAUGUGUUGGUGGUCCCCAUCAAGCUCCACAAGUGUCCUUUCUGCCCUUACACUGCCAAACAGAAGGGCAUCCUUAAGCGGCACAUCCGCUCCCAUACAGGUGAGCGCCCCUACCCCUGCGAGACCUGUGGCAAGAGGUUCACUCGGCAGGAGCACCUGCGCAGUCACGCCCUGAGUGUCCAUCGAUCCAACCGUCCAAUCAUCUGCAAGGGCUGCAGGAGAACCUUCACGAACCACUUGUCCCAGGGGCUGCGGCGCUUUGGCCUGUGCGACAGCUGCACCUGUGUGACAGACACACACGACGAAGACGAGGACCUGAUGCCCGUCACCCUCAGCCUGGUGGAGGCUUCCUCGGAGAGCCACGAGAAGAGCAACACGGACAACGACUGGCCCAUCUAUGUGGAUUCCGGUGAGGAAAACGACCCCGCCGGAGACGAUGCUGGCCGCAAACCACAGACGGCAGCCAGCUUCCCGGCUCGGGAGACUCUCACGUAGCAUGCCACCGGCUGGUGCGGGGAGAGGUUCAUACCCGGUCACUGCUCAUCCUGCUGCUGAGAGGUGGUUCAGUCUGGUGGCGGUCUGAGAAGGAAUGUUUUUCAGUGUUAUUACCGUGUCUGUAUUUUCGGUUCACUACGUGGCGGUGGUUGGCUGUGCGAGUCAAAGAACUAAUAACGUGCUAGUGUGACGCCCUUGGUUUCCGAGGACUGUGUCCGCUCCUCCUUCAUUCUGAGCACACCGGGGCUGACCGCCAGGCCUCCUGGGCUUCUGCGGUGCACCUCAAUGCUAGUGAGAGAGAGCGGAGAGACUCCCCACCUCUAUUCCUGUUGCCUCAGUCCUUGCCUCUCCUUUGUCUUCACCCUCUUUUCUUGGCAAAGGUGGGCAAGAGCACGUGACAUUUUGGGGUCCGUCUCACAUCUGCCAAACCUCUCUUAAAUGAAUUCUAUGGUUUCAUUUUCUGGUAAGGUAUGAAACAAAGUUUCUCUGUCUGGCCACAAGUACCAACAAGUAUACUUUUAAAGGCUGGGAGUCUGUAUUGAUGUGUGGACAAGCGUGGAAUCAUCUAGAAGGCUCACUGUCUAGCACCCUGAGAGCCAAGGCCUGGGUGAUGGCCAUCUGAUUUGGCCUUUGACCCUUCUGCAAACACCAAGAACCUGUUCUGUGAUCAUAAAAUGGGCCUUUUGGACACACCCCAUAUGCCCCACCCCGGUUUUGCCCAGCUUUUCCAAGAGCCAAUGGUGUGUAACCGGGAAAUGUACUGCCGCUCCUUUUACUUGGUCAGUGAAGAGAGCAUUAAUGGGAAUAAAAGUGUAAACCCUUGUAGACAGGUUAUGUAUUUAAAUCUUUCAUCUUUCUAAAGGUUCUGGUGAGAGAAAGGGGGCCGGGAGAGCAGGUUUUCAGGGGAGUGUGCUUCCCACUGGCUUUGUCAUCAUCUAACGCUUCUCUUAAAAAGAAGCAGCUGG